AUCCUCUGCCGUGCGCUGGCUACCAGUGCCGUAUGCUGUGUCCCUACCAGUUCGCUCUAGACGACCAGGGAUGCCCGCUGUGCAAGUGUAGGGAUCCUUGCGAGGACUUGACGUGUCCUGAGGGACUGUCCUGCGUCCUGCAGGACACGACCUGCUCCGCUGCACCUUGCCCGCCCCUUCCUACCUGCCAGAAGCCGCCCAGCCUGGAGUCUCUGUGUCCUCUUGGCGCCCCUCUCAUGAUUGACGACUCUGACGAUCGCCCCUUCUUGUGUGGUGACGUGCCCAGCAAACCUGCCUGUCCUGCGCUCUACAGGUGCCACGUCACCCCAGGUCACGACUACGGCGUUUGUUGCGCUGACGUCAACAGACUCAUCAAGCCUGGCACAUGUCCAAAUGACACGCCGUCCAAUCCUUCGUCGGAAACCUCUAAGCCCUCGGCAAGCCCGAAAAAAUCGUCUUCGGCAGGCGUCCUGAAGAUCACCAAAGACACAAAUGUUGAAAUCAUCGAUGACUUGACUGCGAGUGGCUUGGUGAUGGAAGAAGCUGAAGAGCUGCGGUGCGGCGUGAGUUGCAGUCAUGACUUGCAGUGUCCGUCCACGCAGAAGUGCUGCAUGUCCGAUAUUUGCGGCCAACACUGCAUACAGCCUGCCAACCUUACUGCGUGCAUGCAGCAGCGCAUGAUCGCCGAGUUGCUGAUCGUGUCAGAGCGCGAGGGUCGCGGCUACGUACCGCAGUGUCGUGAUGAUGAUGGACUCUACGCUACCCGCCAGUGCUCCCGCAACGGUCUCGUGUGUUGGUGCGUUGACGGCUUGGGCAACAAGCAGCCGCGCAGCAUUGGGCCUGCUGCUGAAGUCACCUGUGACGGCGACAAACCAAUAGCCACAUCGCGCAUGUCGUGCGCCCCGCUGCAGUGCGGCCUGGUAUGCGACUACGGCUAUCACGUGGACGAGGCGGGCUGUUCCGUGUGUCAGUGUGCGGAGCCGUGUCGCGAGGUGCUGUGUCCGCCUGGCGCUCGCUGUGUCAUGCAGGAACGAUGUGUCGCGAGCCAGUGUGCAUACGCUCCUCUUUGCAAAUACGAAUCCGAGAAGGAAUUAGUUAAGCAAGAUAUUGCGAAUGUAACGGAUGAGCCGAGCGGACGCUCGGACUCAACAAGCCUUGCCUCUGGAGAGACGACCACGUCAGAUUCUGAUGAUGAGACUCAUGAACCCGACAUUGCUUUGUCAAUAUGCCCUUUGGGAUUAGCUCCUCUGUCUGUUGGGGGUAUGAUCCUACAAUGUGAUGAACACAACCCGUGCCCUCCCGAACACUUCUGCACCAUGCCAGGGGGAGGCCAGGAGCACGUCAAACCCUUCUGCUGCCCCAUGCCCAAGCAGAUUGAAAGCACCAAGCCCGGCAAGUGUCCGUUCCUGGGCGACGCUGACGAGACCCUGUGUUCGUUGUCGUCCGUGUGCUCCUCUGACGACCACUGCAGCGGGGGCGCCAAGUGCUGCGUGGUGCCCGUAUGCGGGGGCCCUGUGUGUGUUGAGGACCUCCUCCACGACCUCAACUACAGCGCUCAGCAAGCUUUCCUUCAGGGCCCCACGAUGUGCGAGUACCUGCGCGAUCUGGUGGAGCUUGAGGGCCUCGACCUGGCGAUUGCGACACCGUCUUGUGCCAGCGACGGCGCCUACGAGCAGGUGCAAUGCAACGAGCUCGACCAGUGCUGGUGCGUCGACGACUACGGCUCCUACAUCCCCGGCACCAAAGUCUCGUCGCGGUCGCUGGUGACGUGCGAGAAGCUGCGCGAAUCUCUGACGUGCGGUGAGGUGCUGUGUCGUCUCGGCUGCGACUACGGCUUCGUGCUGGACCCCGACACGGCGUGCCCGCUCUGCAUGUGCCGCGACCCCUGCGACGACGUGGAAUGCAGUUCCGGAUUCACGUGCGAGUUGGUGGACAUCCCGUGCGUGGACGGCGUGUGUCCCCCCAUACCCCAGUGCGUCCCGCAACACCACCCGGGGGGACGGGCGCCGAGUUGUCCCACCGGGGUGCCCUACCUGGUGCCCGGGACCAACGAUACCCUCUCGUGCAGCCCCAGGGCCCGGGCCCUCGAGUGUCCCAGGGGCUAUUCCUGCGUCGCCCAGGAAAACGACGUAGAAGGCGUGUGUUGCUACUCGCAGGCUUCACCGUCCGGAAAGUUAGGUCAGUGUCCGUUCCUAGUGCCGGCGACGAGUCAGUCCUGCGACCUGGAGUGCUCGUCUGACGUGCACUGUCAGGGCGACGAGAAAUGUUGCAGCAACGGAUGCGGCAUGCACUGCGUCCUGCCCAUCAUGAAGACUGCAUGCCAGCACCAGCGCGCCCUGCUGGAGCACCGCGCGCGUGAGGCGGGGGUGCCUGCGCGCCACGUGUACCUGCCUGAGUGCGACGCGGCGGGCAACUUCGAGGUAGUGCAGUGCCACCCCGCCACCACCACCUGCUGGUGUGUCGACACCCAUGGUCUCGAGACACCCGGCACCCGCGUCAGCCAGCCCGCCACGCCCAACUGCAGGGUGCCAGCCACGUGCCCUGAGACGCCGUGUGACCUCACGUGCCUCCACGGCCGUGCUCUGGACUCGCGUGGCUGCCCCACGUGCUCGUGCCGGGACCCUUGUGAGGAAGUGUUUUGUGACUCGCCCUACGAGAGCUGCCGCAUCGUGCACGUGGCCUGCGUGGGCGAGCCUUGCCCUCCUUUGCCUGUCUGCCUGCCCAAGAUUGACAACCCUUGUCCAACAGGCUCCCCUUUGACCGUGAACAACACGUUGCUGCAGUGUGGCCCUCAGGGCACAGUGUGUCCUUCCAGCCACAAAUGUCAUCUCUCGCCGCUUGGAGAGUACGCCGUCUGCUGCAGGAAGCCAAGGGAAGUUUGCUACGAACCUCGCGACUCCGGGUUCUGCGAAGGCUCUAUCCGCCGCUGGCAUUUUGAUCCGGAAAGCAACGAAUGCAAAAGCUUCCGUUUCGGCGGAUGCGGUGGGAACCUCAACAACUUUGAAUCCGAGGUCGAGUGUCGCAAUGCGUGCCCCGUCCUCAGCUCCUGUGAGAAGCUCAGAGCCAAAAACAUCCAGAAGGCGCAAAAGAACAAGAGAAUGACGUUCAUCCCGAAGUGUGAGAAGGGCACAGGUGCGUGGCUGCCCCAGCAGUGUCUCGAGGAGCUCGGCGUUUGCUGGUGCGUCACUCCUGAAGGCGAUCAAGUCGAAGGCUCCCUCACCCGAGGAACUCCGGAAUGUUCGGGCUCUGCUAGGCAGGGGCGACGCCUCGACAUCUCGAAGACUGACUUGCUUGGUCCUACCAAUGCCAUCUGCGACCAAGAACAAACGGUGCACGUUUGCGACAAGUCGCUCUGCGAGAAUAAGAUUUGCCUCUCGCAACCGAACGCUCUGUGCCGCAUCAACCCCUGCAACGGCUGUUCCAUUGAGUUCGUCGACGAUUUCAACAAAGUAUUGUCGUGUCGCGAGGACCUCACGCCCUGUCAGAGAGACUUGCAGGAGGCUCUCAACUCUCCGGCUUCGCAAAGAACAUUCCAGGCAUCUUCAGAUGAUGGGCGUUCCUACAAAGACAACGCAGUUUUCGAUCGCCUCCAUAACGCGGAUGUUUACAUUUCUCCUGCAUCUCCGAACUCGGAGCCCAGUCCACCAGCGAUUUCUUUCGACUCGAGCUUUUCUCAACCGACUGCUAGAGUUGCUGACCCUACGAAGCCCUCAGAGUUUCUUGAUCCUGAUGAGACUGAGGCUUCUGAAAUCUUCACGACUCAUUUUGCGUUGCAUUUUGACGAGCCGACAUCUUCAAUGGAUUCAAACGAUGGCUCAGGACGGCCGACGGAUCAGAGUAUACCUUCCGGCCGACUCUUCCGCAGCCGCAGAUCUCCGACACAACUGUCGUCAUUGAAUGACGAUGACUUGGUGAUGCCAGCUAGUGUACCAAGCUCCCGACGUCUCGAUGAAGAUGAUGAGAGCAGCCUGACAUCAGCGGACUACGAUUUUACUGACGACGCAACCCCCAAGCCUGGGACGUGCCCUAAUCCUGCCGCUGACGUGAGUCUGCUGACGUGCCAGCCUCGUCAGGAGUGUCUGGUGGACCACCACUGCAGAGGGUCUGCCAAGUGCUGCUUUACCGGCUGCGGCUCAGCUUGUCUACAGCCGCUGGAGAUCCCUUUCUCAAGCUCGGGGAUGCUGGCGUCGGUGCCGCUGUGUGAGCGGGACGGUUCGUAUGCCAGGACUCAGUCGUCUCGCGGCUGGUCCUGGUGCGUCGACUCCAAAGGCGCGCCCUUCCAUCACACCCUCACCCUCGGCCACGUCCGAUGCGGACCUCGAGGUCAAAUCCUGGAACGCGUGUCACAGUCGCCGGUAUGUCCUUCACUUCCUGGAGUGACGCCACGAGUGUGCGAUCACGAGUGUCGCAGUGCAUCCUGCCCUGCGCAUCCUGAUGCUAUCUGUGUUGCUGACCCCUGCAACAGCUGCCGCAUCGCCUUCUUCAGUGCGAGCGGCGAACAGGUUCACUGUGAAGAGCAAUGCUCGCAGCCUCUGGCCAAGGGCAUGUGCAGAGCCUCGUUCAGGAGGUUCUUCCACAACUCCAGCAGCGGCGUUUGUGAAGAGUUCGACUACGGGGGAUGUCAGGGCAACGAUAACAACUUUGCCACUAUCGAGGAGUGUCAGCAGCGCUGCGAAGAAACGGUGAACGCAUGCGAACUGCCGGUACGGCCAGGCGCAUGUCACGGCAGCACAACGCGUUGGUACUACAGCAGCGCGACGCAGGCGUGCCAACCUUUCCUCUACACUGGAUGUGAUGGCAACGCUAACAACUUCCCCACCAAGCUUCACUGUCAGGCAGCUUGCCCAGACAUGGUGCUGUGUCCGUUCUGGUCAUCGUCGAACAUGGAGCCGAGGCCGUGUUCUCGCUCCGAGGCGUGCCGUAACCAGACGUGCUACGGCUACCCUGAGGCCGUGUGUGCCGUCGAGCCGUGCACGUGUCUGCCGUACUUCACAGACCAGCGCGGACAGAACGUGCAGUGCCAGACACCCACUCUGCCUCCUAAAACUAUACUAGCUUUUUCAUAUGAACAGGACCUACCAGACAAAUUAUCCGAGGAGGAGCUUGACGGCAGCCGAGGCCCCAUGACGCUUUACCUCGAAGGUGAGCCGUCGGUGGGCAGGUGUGAGCUGCUACGACGACACCUGCUACAGCAGCAGCACCACGCCCCUCACCGCCACUACCUGCCGCAGUGUGAUGAACGCGGCGGCUUCCUGCCCACACAGUGCUUCACGGGCGUCUACGUACACGACUGGGCCACCCCGGACCUGCUGGCCCCUGAAGAGUCUCAGCCCCGCUGCUGGUGCGUGGACGAGACCGGCAAGAAGACGCACCCGUCAGCAUACUUCAUCAAAGGACAACGCGUGUGUGAGCCUGUCAUGGUUGAGUCUGUGGUUGUGACGCUCGGCUUCCAUGGCCACAAAGUUGGACUCGACCAUCUGGGCAGGCGACACGAGAAAGAAAUUCGCGAACAGAUGACUGACCUGUUGUCUUCGCUGCUGCCCAGCGGUGUUGAUGGUCAGGUGUCCAUCGUGGACCUGCCCGACGUGACGCAGGUCAAGUUCACCUUGCGCGGACCUGGCAAGAUUGACGCUGCCUACAAACUGGAGGACCAAGUACGACGAGGUGAGCUCGCCCUGUCGCUGUCAAAUGACCAGCGUCGAGUUCCCGCCGACAUGCGCGCUUCGUGGUUCCACCACCAGGUGGCGCCGCCAGUGUGGCAACACUCGAACAGCAUUCGAGUUGCUGGUCUUGGGGCUGACGGUGCUCUGGCUCGGGAGGUUGUCGUGACGCAGAUGAAGCGGCGCGAGCCAGCGUUCCUGAACGCGUCGGUGCUGAUCACAGUUGUCUGCGUGGCGCUGCUCUGCGCCGUCGUCGUGGCAGUCGUACUCUACAGGCGCCAUCUGGCGGGACGUUCUCACGCCAAGUCAAGCCACGGGUCAACGCAGUCGUUGGCAUUCAGCGACUCUUCGCUUGACCGCCGCAGCGUCUCGUCGGGGAAGUUCUGUGCUCAGCUGGAGCACCCAAAAUUAGACGGCAAAAUUCCUUCUGUAACCACAAUAGAAAAUGAGUUCCGAGCUGUAACUCGUCACUAAUUGCUUCAUAUCCUGUUGCUUUUUUUCCUAAGCAUUUUUACUGCUCUUGAAGCGCCAGUUAGUUUUAUUGAAUUGGUUACUCCGUAGAAAAUGCUCAAACUAAUUUCAGUUCUUAAGACGUUUCAAAUACUCGAAAAAAGUGCGUUUAAUCGAUGCAUUCUGAUAAGAACUAACGUCACUCACACGAUUUUGUUGAUAUCCGGAAUUGAAUUUUCCACAGAUACUUUACACCAAUUGUAGCUUGCGCUGAAGGUUACAAACAUCUUAUUCCUGCUAUGACAUCAUAGGUUUAGAACAUCGGACUCCCGUGAGUGUAAUCUGCAUAACGUUGAAUUACUUAGUGUAUCAAUUACCUCGAAAGCUGUGCUGAUGCCAUUUACGAUAUUUAUUUUAUUGCACACACUGAGGCAGUAGUCAAGAUUGUUAUCGUGUACUAUUGUUUCGAGGGCAUCUAUAUGAUACAUUUUUAUUUAUUUAAGACUUCUUACGAUUCUGUCAGCAAAGCAAUUUUUUAAGCGAUACCUUGCCAGGAUGGUUCAGGUGUCGAGGGAGAAAUAAUUCUCGAUUAUCCCAAGAAUUCAUAUUCUAGCGUGAAAAAAGGAAGUCGGGAAUUGGAAACCAGAUUAUGAAUUUUGUACAUUGUCGUGACUUCUGGCUGUCAAGAGUGAAAUUGGCUCAUGUUUAUAAAUAUUAAAUGGUACUAAGUGUUAGUUGUGUAAUUUUUAGAUAUAUUUCUUUGUAGUUAACUUCAAUUACUCAGAUGUUUCUUAUUAUUAUUGUGAAGAGUAGAAACGGAAAUUGUUCGUUCGGCAGCGAUAUGUUGGCGUGUUCCUACGAUUCUCUAAAGUGGUGCGCCGGAGGGAAUAAACUUAUCCAGUAUUUCAGACAGGCCGAACUUGCAAUUUUGUAUCAACUUAAUGAAUCUCGCUUGUUCAGGGAAACCAAACGAACAUUUGCCUAAUGACUCAAUCCGGAACGCCCGAUUUCAUUCAAGUAUUUUCCUCGUUUUGUUAGUUCAAAAAUUUCAAUACCAUUGAAUUGCUAUACCGCUCGCCUGUUAUUUGAACCAAUCAACCUUUAUUUGAACAAUUUCCAGAUAGCUGACACGGAGCCACGAACAUUUUACCACGAGCAGGGCUAGUAAAAAGCAAUCGUUCCUAAUAAAAAUGAUAUUAACUUUGUAUAAUCCCGUCUCAAAAUAAAUAGGCCGCCCAACGUUUUUUUUUACCUAACGCCACUCACUGGUCCGAUUAAUGUAGUACAUGAAAAAAUUGACUUUAGAAUAAAUCUUCCAUGCCAUUGGGUGAUGUUCUCCUGCUUUAAUUCUAAUCGAUACCACGAAAGUUCAUGAAAAAUUUCCUUAUGCAUAUUGUCGUCGCGCGUGACGUUUUUGUCCAGCUGACGAAUUUGCCCGCUUGUAUUGUGUGCUCCAUCUGUACGUCCUUUCCCCAGUAGACAAUUUUAUUUGUUCUGUAGCAACGAGCUUCUUAUCGCUUUAUCCGUCCCUUUAGAAUAACUUAGGACGUAGCGUGUUCACAGCACGGUUUGACAUUUCUCUCGGCUAGUUCAGACCCAUACCUUUCAUCAAGACCCUCCUCUUCCCUUAACUUUAAUUACAGCAUUAUCGAUAAUGAGGAAAAAUAGUUCAGAGUCCGUCGGUGAGCAUCAAUACCUGAACAAU